GUAAUUCAUGCAAAGUGCUAAAAACCUGAAAAAAAGAAAAAGAAAAAACAAAAUUUGUGCCCACCAGUACACAUAAACAAUGGCAGCUGUCUCCAGCCCCAUCUUCAUUUCCCUCCCAAAACCUAAUUUCUCUCUCCUUCUCUCUCUCUCAUUCUCUCUCACUCCUUUAUAAUAAACAAUCUCAGCAGGUCCUCCUCCAUUAUUUAUCACACUGUCACUCCCAUUCUCCUCCUUCCAAUAUGUUGAUGAAUCUCUUCUUCUUCUUCUUCUUCGCCUCAUUAUCUCACUCUCUAACUCACCACAACAAUGCUAUAUCAGAUAAUGAAACAUCAGUAUUCUCCGCCUCCAAGAGAUUUGAGGGCUCAUCCAACCUUGUAAACCUCCGGUACCACAUGGGCCCCGUCCUCUCUUCCCCGAUUAACAUCUAUCUCAUCUGGUACGGCAACUGGUCUCCCUCCCACCAGCUCCUCAUCAAAGACUUCCUCCUCUCCAUCUCCACCUUCAACCACCGCGCCGCCCCCUCCCCAUCUGUCUCCGACUGGUGGCGCACCGUCUCCCUCUACGCCGACCAGACCGGCGCCAACAUCUCCCGCAACAUCCUCAUCGCCGGAGAGUACUCCGAUCAUCUCUACUCCCACGGCACCCACCUCACCCGCCUCACCAUUCAACACGUCAUCGCUACCGCCGUCAAAUCCAAGCCCUUCGCCGUCGACCACAAGAACGGGAUCUACCUCGUCCUCACCGCCACCGACGUCACCGUCCAGGAUUUCUGCCGCGCCGUCUGCGGCUUCCACUACUUCACAUUUCCGUCGAUGGUGGGUUACACACUGCCGUACGCGUGGGUGGGGAAUUCAGGCACGCAGUGCCCAGAGGUGUGCGCUUACCCAUUUGCGGUGCCGGGGUACAUGGGAGGAGGGGGUCCGGCGGCGCUGAGGGCGCCGAACGGGGACGUAGGAGUGGAUGGGAUGAUAAGUGUAAUAGGGCACGAGCUGGCAGAAGUGUCGUCGAAUCCACUGGUGAACGCGUGGUACGCCGGAGAGGAUCCGACGGCGCCGACGGAGAUAGGAGAUCUGUGUGAAGGAUUGUACGGGACGGGAGGAGGAGGAGGGUACAUAGGGCAGGUGAUGAAGGACGGAGGAGGGAGGACAUACAAUUUGAACGGCCGGAGAGGAAGGAAGUUUUUGGUUCAGUGGAUUUGGAAUCCUAUUCUCAAUGCAUGUGCAGGUCCCAAUGCUCUUGACUGAUUUCCUCUUCUUUUUUUUUUUAUUAUUAUUUCUUUAUUUAUUUAUUUAUUUGUUAUUCCCCAUAAUAUUCAAAAAAAUAUUAUAAUAAUAAUAAAAAAAAAAAAAAGAGUUGGUGGAAAGGAUAUUAUUUCUCUCUUUUUUGUCCUUUUGAAAUGAUCAGUGUAAAUUAUAAAUAUACUAGUAUAGUUUUUGCAUGAUUUUAUAUUAAGAGAGACGAUUAGGUGUAAUUUGAUUUGUUUGUAGAUACAAUUUACAAGAGUUGUUGUGUACUAUAGAACAGUUCAUUUUGGUUUUAUUACUUGUCUGUGUAUAAAGGGCAUAAUUUAAUCCAAGCAUUUGUUGAUU